UGGCUGCAGUGACCUCACGGUGACCGUCGGGAGGGCUGCCAGACGCCCUAAAUCUCGCUCCUCUGGAGAGCCGAGACUCUCUUCCUCUUGCUAAGGCGAUCCAGUUUUUGGCCGAGGGACUCCCUUCCUCUCGCUAAGGCGAUCCAGGUUUGGCAGAGCUCAGCCCAGCUGGCGGCUCGGCGCUCUUCUCCAGGCCUUCGUCCAUGACACCAGCGGACACAUCGCUGCGAUAAUCAAUGUAAAACACGGCAACAAACAGGUGUUGCCAUCGGUUCCUGAGGUUUACCCACUUCCGCACGCCAACUUCAACCCCCUCCCCGCCGGCCCUGGCCCGGUCCGGUUAAACACGAGGAGUUCCCCCGCCGAGCCCCUGAGGGGAGCCGCGGGCAGCACCGCGGUGCCGAGCGGGCAGCGCCGGUGCCCGUGUGCGAGACGCGCGGCGGGAGGGGGACACAAAAUGGCGCUGCCCCUCAGCCCCUCGCCCUCAGCCCGCGGCGGGGCCGAGUGGCGGCGGGCCGGCCCCGGGGUGGCGGCGGCUCCCGGCCGGCGGAACCGCCGCCUUCCUUCCCCCAGCAGGUGGCACCGGGGUCCCGGCGCCGGCGGCGAAGCCAUUGCGGGCCGCCCUUCGCCGCCGGGCCGCGGCCGCGCAGCCGGCGGGGGGGAAGGCGGCGGCAUCGCCCCCGCGGGGCUCCCCCCGCCGCACCCCGCUUUUCCUCAAAGUUCGGGGCGGGAGCGGGGGGGAGACCGGAGCCAACUUGUCCCGGAUCCCUUUAUUCGCCGCCGGAGCCGCCGUCUCUCCCAACCCCCGCGUGUAUUGCUGAUCGGAGGGACGGAGCUCGGUCCUGUGUCCGCCCCGCUCCUUCCUGUCCGCACCAUGGAGUUCGCCCAGAGGAAGAGGAGCAGGAAAUCCCAAAGCUUUAAACUGGUCAACGAAGAUUACCAUCAUGAGAUAUAUAAGAUCUCUGACUACAGCAAUGAUGUUAAUGGGGAGACCAAAGAAACACAACCAGUUUUUUUAGGAGAUGAAAGCCGGGAAAUUAAAAAACAAAUUACAGGGAUGAGAAGAUUACUGAAUGACAGCACUGGAAGAAUCUAUCAACGAGUUGGCAAAGAAGGAGAAAAACUGAAGGAGGAGCCCCAAGAUUUAGAUUUAGCCUGGGCCCAGCGCCUGAACCCCCCUGCAGAGUCCCAGGAGAGCCUUCAUCCGUCCCAGAGCGGAGCGUGGAGUGAGCUGUCACCCCCGGGCAGCCAUCUGCCCGGGCAAUACGGAACCAGAUCCAAAACAUUCCAAAGUCAGCCUCGAACUGUGGCAUCCAAUGGAGAAAUUCCAAUGGUGAAUUCAUCAGUUGGACCAAACUGCUGUACGUGUAAUUGCCAGUCAACCCUGCAGGCCAUUCUUCAGGAGCUCAAGACCAUGAGAAAAUUGAUGCAGCUGCAAGCAGUUGGGACUCAAAACAGACAGCAGCCUCCCGUUCCUCUGAUUUGUGCACAGAAGUCAACAAUAUCAAGAAAGAGAAAUAAAAAGAGAAAACUACCCCUCAAAGUUGUUGAAGCAGUUUCCACAAAUAAGAAACCCAGCUCUCCAGAGAAUGAGAAGAGGCUGCCAGCAAACUCAGAACCAUCGAGUCUGCCAGCAGUUGAACCCCCCCUGAAGCCAGAGACCCCUCUUUCAGGGUUUGGAAUUAUCCUUGAAUCAGCUUCAUCAGAUCCAGAAGUGCAACUUGCAGAAGGCUUUGAUGUCUUCAUGCCAAAAUCACAGCUGGACUCUAUACUAUCAAACUACACUCGCUCAGGAAGUCUGCUCUUUAGGAAGCUGGUCUGUGCAUUUUUUGAUGACAAGACUUUGGCUAAUUCUUUACCAAAUGGCAAAAGGAAAAGAGGGCUCAAUGACAACCGGAAAGGACUAGACCAAAAUAUUGUGGGUGCAAUAAAAGUCUUUACAGAAAAAUACUGCACUGCUAACCAUGUGGAUAAACUUCCUGGUCCUAGGGACUGGGUCCAGAUUCUUCAGGAUCAAAUUAAACUUGCAAGAAGACGAUUAAAAAGAGGCUCAGCAGAGGCAACUGACUGUGAUGAGAAGCCGGACAUUUCUCUACUACAAACAGGUAACCUUUUUGACACCACAACAGACCAUCUGAUAGAUGCAAACCCAGAUUUUUCAGUUUGAAUUUCACAUCCUGCAUCAGUGUUCUUAGCAGAUAGAAACAUCCUCUCCUUUGAGCAAUGUUCCUGCAAGCUCAGCACGAGAACUUCAGUGUACUACAAGACAUGGGCAUCCAUACAGUUUUUCUUACAAGUCUGUGUAUUUUCCAUGUAACCUCAAGUAAUGAACCACCAGAUCUCUUCAUUGUUCUUCAUCUUAAUUAAGAUGAUUUCCCUCUGCAUCCCAUGCAUUACUGAAUUAGCGGGGUACCCACUCUGAGGUCAUUCUCCUGCCUGUGUUUCUCCUCCAUGAUUGUAUUUUUCCACAUGUUUGUAUGCUUCCCAGCAGUGUCUCAUCUUAAACCACGAAGAAGUUGUGACUCUUCCUGUCCCCAGGGACCAGGGUGGCCUCUCUCUCCACCAUGAACCCUGGGGGCUUAAAGAGCAUCUGACCUGGUGAAGCUCUGCUUCUGCAGACCCACUUUUCCUUUCCUGGCUGCUGUGGUAUCAAUGACAGUCACACACAACUCUCAUUAAAAAGUCCUUACUGGGUUUAGGAGGGAAUAAAGGAGAAUUUCUCCCAGCAGUGCCCAGGUUCCUAGUUAUAGCAAGGAGAAGCUAUUCCUCAAACAAUUUCCCCUGUGUGGUUCUAGUGGGAUGGCUCUUGAGCAUGUUUGUAGUGCAGAUUGCUGGAGGUGGUCAUUUUCCCCUCACGGUUGCCCCCAGCUUGCUCAACACCUCAAUUUCAAAAUGGAUUCUUUUUCUGUUUUCUAAGAAGAGGGUCUGCUCACUGUGAUUUUUCAGCCCCUGUCCUUGGCAACAAUACUCACCUAUUUAAAAAAAAAACAAGUCACCUUUCAGCUGGCACUGUAUUGAUAUCUCAGCAGUUAAGACAAGUGAAUCGAUCAAGAAAUUGCACUACCCUCUUAGACACUGAAAGGGUCAGGUCAGGGCUAAGGUAAAACUGUGUGUGGCCCCUCCUGCAAACCUUCAUUUCUGCACCUUUCAUCAGCACUAAAUUCACUUUAAAAAUGUCACAGAGAAAUCUGGAAGGUCUUACCUGUAACACCUAUUGAUCACCAGGCAGUUUGAGCACGUGUCCUGCAAUUCGAGGGAGAGCUUGCUGGAGCCUUUGCCAUUGUGUUUCCUUUCCCUGUGUGUAUCUUAUCUUAGGUACUUUUUUUAUUUUUUGGAAACUAUUUGGCCUUUGAGUGUCUCAACAGAAGUGCUAUUACAGAGUGGGAUGGUUUUCAAAAUGUUCAACCUCUUUUUUUUAACAAUCCUAAUGCCUGUUUCUCAGGUGUCACAGAAUGCCCACAAAUAACACUGUAGCCAACGUGAACGGUUUGUUCUGUUGGCACCUGAGAAACCAGGCUCCCAGCUGUUCCCCACCCACCUUCCAUGGACUUUUAGGAAUGACCAUGUUCUCUCUGAAACUGUGGAAUAGAUUGAAUGUGCACUGCAAACCUUAAAUUUUGAGUCUUUCCUUCCUCAUGGCUUGGAGUUGCCUGCAUUGGGCAGGGGGCACCGGUCCGUUGUGUUGUAACCCUUCAGCAAUGAAAUCAGCGUUUUGUAAAUUUGGAAGAUUGCAUUUGUGUUUACUUACUGUGACUACUGUUCAGACUUUCUUCAGAAAUCUUUUUAUAGGGUUUAUUAGAGAGAAGAAAAAAAAUCAUUCCAUAUUUAGGUAAAAAUGUCUCAAUCUUCUGUAUAUAUGUUUUAUUAAUAUGUAAAUAUUUAGAUAUUUUUAAAUUACUAUGUUCUUAAUAAAGCAACAAGGGACUAGUUGUGAAAUGGUGUAUAACAUUGUGUCGUGUUACCGAGCUCUGGGAAAUCCUCUUUGUCAGUUCAGAAAAGAAAACCUACAAUAAAU